AAAUUUGUAAACAACAAAGCAUUUGAUCAUCACUAUAGUAAUUUCACAAUCCAUUAAUCACUGAUCGAUCCUUGGUGGAAUACAUACAUGUAUGUGCUUGAUCCAACAACAGAAGCUGGAUUGAGAUUAGAGAUGGCGUUUCCUCAACAUGGUUUUAUGUUCCAACAACUUCAUGAAGACAACAGUCAAGAUCAACUACCUUCUUGUCCUCCUCAUCUCUUCAAUGGAGGAGGAAACUACAUGAUGAACAGAUCUAUGUCUUUAAUGAACGUGCAAGAAGAUCAUAACCAAACCUUGGAUGAGGAGAAUCUAUCAGACGAUGGGGCACAUACUAUGCUUGGAGAGAAGAAGAAGAGGCUGCAAUUAGAGCAAGUUAAGGCAUUAGAGAAGAGCUUCGAGCUUGGGAACAAGCUGGAGCCAGAGAGGAAGAUACAACUAGCUAAAGCAUUAGGGAUGCAACCGAGACAGAUUGCGAUUUGGUUUCAAAACAGGAGAGCUAGGUGGAAGACUAGACAGCUCGAGAGAGAUUAUGAUUCACUCAAGAAACAGUUUGAGUCUCUUAAAUCCGACAAUGAUUCUCUACUUGCCUACAACAAGAAACUCCUUGCUGAGGUAAUGGCUUUAAAGAACAAAGAAUGUAAUGAAGGAAACAUUAUAAAGAGAGAAGCAGAAGCUUCAUGGAGCAACAAUGGAAGCACAGAGAAUAGUUCAGACAUCAAUCUGGAGAUGCCUAGAGAGACCACUACAACACAUGUGAACACGAUCAAAGACCUUUUCCCUUCCUCGAUUCGAUCAUCUGCACAUGAUGAUCAGAAUCAUGAAAUAGUUCAAGAAGAAAGCCUUUGUAACAUGUUUAAUGGCAUUGAUGAAACGACGUCGGCUGGUUACUGGGCAUGGUCUGACCCUAACCACAACCACCACCACCAGUUCAACUGAUUCAUGAUCCUAAAGCUCGAAAAAAGUCAUCACCAUCAUGACAAAUUAUCAUAAUCAUCGAAUCAUCAUCAGAAGAAGACAAAAUUCAUCUCUUUGAAUUUGACUCUGGAAUUAUUGCUACUCUUUUCAAUUUACAUUGGGGCAUUUUGUUAUCUUUGGGUUUGUAGUGCAUUGGUGUAUAGUGCGAAAAUCUGUUGUUGCUUUAAUUUAAUAAAAAUCAUAAACUUCU